CUUUAAACAUAUGAGUCGCGUAUGAGAAUCUAAAGAAUAAUAAACACGUUACGUAAUUCAAUGAAAUAAAAUAAUAUUAUAUUUAAAAUAUAAUCGGAAAAAAUAAACUAAGUGUCAAUUUGUACAAAUAAAAAAUAAGUUACGUACAAAUUUUUCAAAAAGUAAAUGGUGAAAUUUAAGUUUUUUGCUGUCAUCAACCCUUUGACAUUAAAAACAUUUAUGGAAAUCAAGAAGUGAUUUAGGAUUAUUUGCAAAAAUGACUUCGUGCAAUUACAAAGAAGUUAACACAGAAGAAAUUGCUUUCAAUGAAAAGAAACCUUCUUGGAAGCCAUUUUUUAGACAGGUGCUGGUCUGCACAGGAGUGUGGACAUCCUACUUCAUGUUCGGGCUAUGUUCAGGAGCUCCCACAGUCUUCAUCCCGCAGAUCAGGAAAGAGGCAAAUUCCACAGAAAUCAUUACUGAUGAAAUGGCUUCGUGGUUAACAAGUAUCUUCAGUUUAAGCGGUUUCCCGUGGGUCAUCGUUUUCUCCGUGUUUACAAGGUGUAUGGGUCGGAAACUACCCUUCAUCAUUGCUGCCAUCGACACCUUCCUCGCAUUCGUAGUAUUAUUCUUCAGCACCAACAUCACGCAGAUACUCAUCAGUGAGAUCAUGCACGGAUUCUUCGGUGCGUCGCAAAUAGUAGUGUCUAUAUUAGUGCUUACGGAAUAUACUUCUCCGCGAUAUCGGGGGCUAUUCCUCACAUUAAAAUCUGCAACAUAUUUCUGGGGAAUCUGGGCUUCAAAUGCCAUUGGGACGUUCCUUCAUUGGAAGAAGAUACCUUUGUUUGGGAUAAUGUGUUCUGUGUAUACUUUAUUAACAGUUACCGUGUGGCCAGAAUCGCCAUACUGGUUAGCAAGUCAAGGGAAAUACGAAGAAUGUGCGAUCUCCCAUCGCUGGUUGAAAGGUUGCGAUGAUGGCUCAGAAAAAGAACUUGCAAGCUUAAUAGACACUCAAAAAGAAUAUCAGAGGAAUAACAUUAAAAGAAGUAUGACCCUAAAAGAAAAUAUCAAAGACCUAUACGUCACUGUAACGUCUCAAGUUUUUUAUAAACCAAUUUUAAUUGCAACUAUGACUGGAACGUUAAGUAUAGCGUCUGGUAAAUUAGUAUUUACUGUUUACGCUAUUGAUAUUAUUAAGAAGAUAACGGAUAGUGAAAAAGCGGCUUAUAUAGGAAUGCUUAUAUUAGACGGUGUCACGGUAUUAAGCAUGUAUUUUGGGUGCGCAUUGUCAAAAAUUUUGAAAAGAAGGACUUUGCUACUAACAGCGGGUUCAAUCGGAGUUUUAUUUUUAUUCUUACUUUCAGCAUAUUUAUAUUUAAUUAAAUUAUCUUUCGUGAACGAGAAUAAGUAUGUGUCUAUAUUUUUACUGUCUGCAUUUUCGUUAGCUGUUAGUUGUGGCCCUCUUAUACUGUCUACGUCUGUGUAUGGUGAAUUAAUACCAGUUAGGUCUAGAAAUUUAGCAAUAUGUGUUAUAGCUGUAGUGGGUAAAAUAAUUAUAGGUACAGUUUUGAAAAUUUCUCCAUCGAUUUUCAAAACGUUUGGGUUGCAUGGCGCCUUCCUUACCUUCGCUAUAGCGACUUUAACCUUACUUUUGUUGCUUUAUAAAUAUCUGCCAGAAACCAAAGACAAAACUCUUCAAGAAAUCGCUGAAUCUAUGAAAGUUACACCGAAAACGCGUAAAGAAACUAUAACUUUGAUAUCUGAGAAAAAGGUUUAACUGAUUCUACAAAAUAUGAUAUACAAGAUGAAAUUAAAUUUACUGUCUUCCCGAAACCCAUAUGCAGUCAGUCUUGACAUACAAUUAACGUAGUACAAUGCAAAAUAUGAAAAAAAAAGAAAUGGCAUAAAGUAAUUUCCACAUCAUAGGAAAAAUUUGACUUCAUUAAUUAUUUAUUUUUGUUUUGCUUUCUAGAUGCUAAAGAAUUAUGCGUUAUCAGUUAUCGAUGACAUAUUUUUCAGUAAAACAGUAUAUUGAUUUCCACCCUGCAUAAACACAUGAAUUGUAAUAAUAACUAGAAUUGCAGAUUGUAAAAAAAUAGAAGUGUUUUCCAAAUCCGAGAUAAGUUCUAAAAAUGGUUAUACUUCAUCCUACUAUAGCGACUGAAUAAAUAAACUUGAAUUUGAUUCGAGAAGAUAUUCUCACGCAAGCCAGAUGGAGCCGCGAAGAAAAGUUACUAUUUGAUUGGUUCCAGAUAGAAUCUAUUAAAAUAAUGUUUGGAAUAAUUUAUUACGCUAAUAAUGUCCAAAUUAAUUAUGGAAAAAAUUAUAAUAAAUUAAUUUUCACAUUUAAGACGGGUUUUGAUCGUGAAUACGUCAGGCAUUUAGAAAGGAUUCUUAUAUAUUUUGACGUAACUUGUUUAGUUUGAAUACCAUAAUUAAAAUGUAUUAGUUGAUUUGUAUAAUACAUACGUCUUUGUACUUUACUGAUCGCACGUGGUUAAAAACCCGUCAUAAUGCCUCGUUGCGACGAGUCCUGUCCUGUCAAUCAAGUUCAUUUGAUUAUAACUACAAUACAAUUAGUAUAGUGCAAAUCUGGGGAUCCUCUUAGGACCUUAGUGCACUAAUCUGGAUCAAUGUAAUCACUGAGUACAUAAAUUCUACGGCAAAAAUCUUAUGCAUUUUUUUUUAUGACUUUAUUAUAGAAUCGUGUGUUUGCGAUAUGUCCUCGACUUUAUUGAGCUGUAUUAAGAAAAAAACGUAUUAAUAAAUUUAGUAAUUUAGCAUUUAAUGUGUAAAUAUUUGAGAUAUUAUUACGAUCGCAUUUGAUAUUUAAGAAAUGACGUUUCUGUAUAUGAAUAUUUUUGUGUCUUUUAUUCUUUAUUUAAUUAAACGAAAUGUUUGAUUUGA